UUCCCAUUCAGCUCACUCUACUAACCCUUCAUCUCCGGCGACUGCUUAACUUCUCUUUGAUCUCCGGCAAUGGCGAAGCAACCUGUUCGCGUUCUUGUUACUGGUGCUGCAGGACAAAUUGGAUAUGCUCUUGUACCCAUGAUUGCUAGGGGAGUCAUGCUAGGUCCAGACCAGCCUGUAAUCUUGCACAUGCUUGAUAUCCCACCUGCUGCGGAGGCUUUAAAUGGAGUGAAAAUGGAGUUGGUGGACGCUGCAUUCCCCCUUCUUAAGGGUGUUGUUGCUACUACUGAUGUUAUUGAGGGAUGCACUGGAGUCAGCAUUGCAAUCAUGGUUGGUGGUUUCCCAAGGAAGGAAGGCAUGGAGAGAAAAGAUGUGAUGUCUAAGAAUGUCUCAAUCUACAAGUCCCAAGCUUCUGCCCUGGAACAAUAUGCAGCUCCCAACUGCAAGGUUCUGGUUGUUGCUAACCCUGCCAACACUAAUGCAUUGAUCCUGAAGGAAUUUGCACCUUCAAUCCCUGCUAAGAAUAUUACAUGCUUGACCAGAUUGGAUCAUAACAGGGCACUGGGACAAAUCUCAGAGAGACUAAAUGUCCAAGUUUCUGAUGUUAAGAAUGUGAUUAUCUGGGGUAAUCACUCAUCAACUCAGUACCCUGAUGUCAACCAUGCAACUGUCAAGACUCUACCUGGGCAGAGGGCUGUACGUGGGCUUGUGAAGGAUGAUGAAUGGUUGAAUGGAGAAUUCAUAACUACUGUUCAACAACGUGGUGCUGUUAUCAUCAAAGCUAGAAAGCUCUCAAGUGCAUUGUCUGCUGCUAGUUCAGCUUGUGAUCACAUCCGUGAUUGGGUCCUUGGAACUCCAGAGGGCACAUGGGUUUCAAUGGGUGUUUACUCUGAUGGUUCAUACAAUGUGCCAGCUGGGCUUAUUUAUUCCUUCCCAGUAACCUGUAAGAAUGGGGAAUGGACUAUUGUCCAAGGGCUUCACAUUGAUCAAUUCUCAAGGAAGAAGCUAGAUUUGACAGCAGAGGAGCUCUCCGCGGAGAAGGCUCUGGCGUACUCCUGCCUCUCUUAAAUGGGCAAUCUCUUUGUUUACCUAGCGUGUUUGUAAGUGGGAAAACCCUGCAAUUCUUAUUAAUGUGGGGUAUAGCUACAAUUUUGAAUAAAGCUUUUGUUAACAUGUAGAGGACCUCUGCUCAUGAUGAACAAAGUUGCCUUCAGUCCUGUCUUUUUAUGUGCGGACUUUUGAAUUUUUAUCUCAAUAUUGAUGUGAGUUUUCAAUUAUAAAUGUGUCUUGCAAUG